AUGUUUUACUUGACCAUACAAGUUGUUGUGAUGCCUCAGCGUCCCAUUGUGCACCAUGAUUCGGAGUCCGAGUUAGAGUAUGAUGAUGCAUCGGAAUCAGACAUACUGUCAUCGUUUGUGGUGGGGAUCUCAUCAACCACCACUCAGUCAUCGGCUUCUGUGCAGGAUGGAGACAUGGAGAUCAUUCAGUGCCUGCAACUUGAAAACCAGUCUCUCAAGAAUAACAAUUGGACUCUGGGAAAGAAGAACAAAGUCUUAGCAUCCAAUCAAUGUAGACAUUCGAGUGCGCAAGUUCCUGACAAGCUGAAGGCCUUUGACAUUGAAAUCUCGACCUUUGCUCGCAAAUAUGGUGUUAUUGCUGAGAUGUUCCCACCUGAGCACCGCGUUCUCAGAUUGCCCGUGCCAAACCCUUCGCCCAUCAUCACAUCUGCUAGUCGCUAUGCAAGCAAGGGUGCCGAAGAACUUUGUCUUGUGACAGAGGUAUAUUCACUUCUACCAGAUCAUCUCCAUCGUUUCAUACCUACUUCUCAUUUUCAAUCAUUGCUAGAGCAGCAUCUUCAAGGUGGACGCUCCAGUGAGAUUGGCAAACUACGCUUUAUGGCAGGGCGUAUCUUUGGUCUGGAUUCAUCAUACUUUGACCUGAGUUUCAUGAAGCGGGAUACCAUUCCUGAGAUCCAGAAGAUGCUUGGAUCAGGUACUGCUGGUGGUCGCUCCUCACCGUUGAAGUUUCCGCCCGUCCUUUUCACAAAUCAAGAGAUGGACCCCACAAUGUCCACAGUUUUUGGUAACUGGGAACCACUUGUGAAGGCGAUUAGGAUUGUGAUGUUUGGAAAGAAUUCACUAGACAUUUCUGGCUGGCCAUGCGCUAAGUGCAAUGCUCGAAAAUGGGGCACAAUGUCCUGUACUCCCGGUCUUCUUGCAUGGGGUUGGGUCACAUUGAUCUUCAUCCUUUCUCCUGACACUUCAUUCAUGAAAGCUGGAGUUGGCGCAAAGUCUCGGCUACCAUAUGCUGCCAUGUUUAUGGCCUACAAGCAGCUGUGGGUCACCCUUUGGGAUCAGCCUCGUAUUUGUGCAAUCCGCAAAAGGAUCGACGCCCACGUCUGGCAAUCAUCCUCAACUUCCAAUGUCACAAUGUCCGACACCGAAGGUGAAGAUUUUACCUCUGAUCUGAUGUGUUUGGCCAUUGCAAAUGCAGGGCAGAAGGAAUCCAAUGACUUUCCUGGACCAACGACUACCAAUGACAAUCCCAUCAAUGACAUUUCUGGAUUGGUCACCCCCAUUACACCCACAAUCACUCCUUUAGCACUGGUCGUUGUUCCUUCAGCACCGGUCGUUGUUCCUUCAACACCAGUUGUUAUUCCCUCAGCACCAGCCAUCCUGGUGCUUGCCCCUGCAAAUACUACCACUGCUCUCAAUUCUGCAACCCUCUUGCUGGCUAUUCCAGCCCCUGGGCCACCUGUGGUGUCUGCAGGUGCAGCUGCUGCCACUGCAGCCUCUGAAGUCCCUGGACCUCCAGUGACCACUGUUGAUUCAGAAGUUCCUGGAGUACCCAAUGAUGUACCGGUGGUAGCGACAGCCCCAUCUUCUGGUUGUCAGGGCUGA